AGAGAGAAGGCGAAGGAUAGGGAGGAUUGAGGGGGUGUAUGGGGAGAAAGUGAGACGUUUCGUUGUCUUCGGAUGCCGUGCGGAAUAGUGUGUUUCUUGGUCCUAGAUGGACCGCACAGAACGGAUCUCAUAUUAUUUCUUCAAAGACAGAACAAUGGAUUGGAAAAUUUUGAAUUGAAAUGCAAAGCAAAUAUUGCUGGGAGACAUGGAUGCGACUCAUAUGCCGUGGACCGUCACCACCGAGUGGUAUGAGGACGGAAACGAGACAAUUGGGAAUCAAUUCCAACAAUCUAACUUGCAGGUGGCUCUCUGGGCCAUCGCCUACACUCUGAUCAUUCUCGUCUCGGUGACUGGGAACGUCACAGUGAUCUGGAUCAUCCUCGCUCACAGACGCAUGCGAACCGUCACCAACUACUUCAUAGUCAACCUGGCCUUCUCCGACGUGUCCAUGGCCACCUUCAACACGCUGUUUAACUUUGUCUACGCGCUGCACAACGAUUGGUACUUCGGGUUAGGCUACUGCCGAUUCCAGAACUUCUUCCCCAUCACCGCCAUGUUCUCUUCGAUUUACUCGAUGGCUGCCAUAGCGGUGGACAGAUACAUGGCGAUCAUCCAUCCGCUGAAGCCUCGCCUGUCCUCCACCUCCACCCGGGUGGUGAUCGCUCUGAUCUGGGUGGUGGCCGUGCUGCUGGCCUUCCCCCAGUGCUACUACAGCGUGACGGAGUUCUACCACCCCAGGACCGUGUGCCUGGUCAACUGGCCCGACGACUACGGAGGGACCCACCAGAUCAGCUACCAGCUGGCGUUGAUAUUGCUGAUCUACCUGUUCCCUCUGCUGGUGAUGCUGGUGACCUACAGCCUGGUGGGUCGAUCGCUGUGGGGUGGAGCCAUCCCCGGGGAGCCGUCAGACCAUUACCACCACCAGAUAACAGCCAAGCGAAAGGUGGUGAAGAUGAUGGUUGUCGUGGUGACAACCUUUGCCUUGUGCUGGCUCCCCUAUCACAUCUACUUCAUCCUAGGCUCCUUCAACAAAGACAUCUAUAAACAGCACUAUAUCCAACAGGUGUACCUGGCUAUAUUCUGGUUGGCUAUGAGCUCCACCAUGUACAACCCUAUCAUCUACUGCUGUCUGAACCAAAGGUUCCGUGCGGGGUUCCGCCAGGCGUUCUCCUGGUGUCCGUUCAUCCGGUUCUCAGAAGAGGACAAGACAGAGCUGCAGCACACCAACACCUUCAGGGUCACCAUGACACGCAGUUACCAUGGUGACAGCACGCGCGUGCACGGCCCCGGGACCACAGGCCCCGGGCUCCCCUUCAGCUCCCAGCACACCGGUCCGAAGGCACAGCAGGCCCCGCUCAGGAGACACCCGGCCCCGCAGAAAACAAACGGGCCCAACUUAGGGCCCGGGCUUCUGGAAAUGUCCUCCGGGGCUAAGCUGCUGGAGACCUGAGCGCAGCCAAUGGGGAAGAAGGAUUGAGGAUCCCGGCUGCAGGUAGCAAAUCAAGAUGCUCCACGGACCCUGACUGUAUCCAGCCAGGGCCGGGGAAGCCAAAGAUAAAGCUUUGAAUGGUAAAACCUAAAAGCGGGGACAGAGGCCGACUGGGGACAGAGCAGACGUUAUCUUUUCUUUAACAGCCGCGAUAGACAAAAUUAAAAGCAACACAUCAUUGUUGAAGGCUGCUAGAAAAGAACAUGUAAAUACGGCAGGGAAAUCAGAGGCAGAUCUUUCACACAAAUGAUGCUGCUCCUAUAACAACCCUUAUAUCUUUAUCACUUCAUUCUUUUCUAAUUCCUUCUGUUUUACCCCCUCCCAGUAAACACUUUUUCUUCAUUGUUUCUCUUACUUAUGUGGUUGUCUGGCCGGAGAAUGAACAGAGCUUCUAGAACGGUUCUUGUUCAUCAGCUCUGUGGUCAAUAGUUCAGUUGAAGUACAGUAGAAUACAUUUAUUUGACUCUAUAUAAUUCUCAGAUAGUGUCAUGAUCAAGGGAAGAAACUGAAAAAAUAUGCCAUCUUCCAUUGUCUGAGACGGUUACAUUCAAUAUUUAUUUGAACACUAGAAUGUAAAAGAUUAAUAUAUAUAUAUAUAUAUAUAUGUAUUCAUUUGUUGGAGGCAGGCGGUAACGUUUGACGUUUAAAAUACUUGUAGAUAUUUAUAUUGGCGUGUACAGCAAUGUUGUUCUUGUGAUUGGUAUGUUGUGAUUAUCUGGUUCAUUUAUAAUGCAAUGUGAAUCUAAACUCUAUGUAGGCCUACGGUAUAUUGAAGUUAAAGCGAUAUUGUCUAUGCAGUGCUGCUAAUUGAUUAUUUAAAUGUGACAUUUACAAUUGCUGUCCCUUUUGUGAUAUGAUACAGAACACAGAUGAAAUGGCGGUGUGCCAUUUUGGGCGGCAAUAAGCAAAUCUUUUUGAUGUUUCAAAAAAUGAGGACAUUAAAACCUCAAACAAAAUGAUAUUUAUUUGUGUUGUCUUUGCUACUGUCAUUAAGUUGCUGAGUGAAUAACCAUUAAUUCAUCACAUGGUUUGCAUUAAUUUGGUCUAAAGUAAUAAAACAAGAUGAUAUGAUGGCAUCAUAAAAGUAGACAUAUUUUUAUUAUUUGGUAUCAAAAAGAAAAUAUAAAUAAAACACCAGAUUCAAUGUGCUUUUAUUCAUAGGUUUUUAUUCAUGGUUUGAUCAAAUUAAAUAAAUUAAAUAUGUGGAUUGUGUAAAUUGACAGUUUUUGGAUGUGUUUAGUAUGUUAAGCUUGUGUGUAUGUGUAUGUGCGCGUGUGUGUGUCUGUGUGUGUGUGUGUUUGUGCAUGUGUUUGUCCAAUUAACAUUGGACAUAUUAAAAUGACCAUGUGUGUAUAUGGCAGUAGUAGUUUGGGACUAAAAAGAAAGCUUAAAAGAAAAUUGGCAUUUGAAAGUGAAUAUUGUGGGGUUUAUUGCUAGUGUAUUGUAUAACCUUGAUAGUGACAGUAAUAGUUAAUCAGUUACUGGAUUGGUUGAAUAGGUAAUGUCUUUGGAUAGCAUUUAUUUAAAUUGGACUACAAUGACAUGGUGAACUGCAAUCUUAAAAUAAUAUUGAAAAUCUCAGCAGCCAGUUUCACAGCCACAAAGGAUUACUGACAAUGACACAAAUUCCAUUUAGAUAAAAGCAUUAGAAGUGAUCUUUGGACAACUUUUGCAGCACACUAGAGAAAACAUAAUGUAUUGUUCAACAGGACUAAGUUGUUUGUAAACUUUACUAUGAUUAUAUUUUUCUCUAGACUUGCUACAGUUGCAGGUUGUUUCAACAUCAUUUAAGUACAAAAAUAAAAUAAAUAGCCAAUAUGAUAUGACAGCUAGGCAAGAUAUUAGCAAAAGAAAAUACUCCCUUUAUCUCAUUAUACAUACAUAUCUUUUAAAAAAUAUAUAUUUU